GCUAUGUGCGACAGCCCUGUCCGCCCGGCCGGGUUCGUCGCAACCGACCCCUCCUUCGCAUUGCAACCAACGCCCAUCCGUCCGCCCGUCUCCUCGUGUUCUGACCGACGGCGACAGCCGCGCUCACCAACCUCCACCAGAAUCCAACCUCUCUUUCUCCUCCUCCCUUCCCGUUGGAGAGAUCCGGGGGUUGGGGUCGCCUGGUAAUCAAUCCAUUGGUAUCCAUUUCACCCGUAAUCUCGCCUCCUAACCCGACCGCCGGGAGCCGCAGCGGCGCCGGAGGGCGGCUCGGAGGGGGUGUCCUUUUUCCUGGGACGAUGGGGAUUGGGGGUGUGUCGGACGAGCUGCUGGGCACGUUCGUGCCGAUCGCGGUGUACUGGCUCUACUCGGGGAUGUACGUGGUGCUGGACGGGGUGGAGCGGCUCGACGGGUACCGGUUGCACACCAGGGAGGAGGCCGCCGCCAAGAAUGCCGUCUCCAGGGCCGCCGUCGUCAGGGGCGUCCUCGUCCAGCAGGCCUUCCAGGUCGCCGUCUCGCUCACCCUCUUCGCGGUUAUUGGUGAUGAGAGUGGUACUAGACAGAAGCAACCUUCUGCUCCUGUGAUAGUGUUGCAGUUUAUAGUUGCAAUGCUUGUUAUGGACACAUGGCAGUACUUCAUGCACCGAUACAUGCACAGCAACAAAUUUCUGUAUAAGCACAUCCAUUCCAAGCACCACACUCUUGUCGUCCCUUAUUCCUUUGGAGCUCUUUACAAUCAUCCUCUUGAGGGCCUUAUUUUGGACACUAUUGGUGGUGCUCUCUCAUUCCUCUUCUCCGGUAUGACUCCACGGACAUCCAUAUUCUUUUUCUCCUUCGCAACCAUAAAAACGGUGGAUGAUCAUUGUGGACUGUGGCUCCCUGGUAACAUCCUUCAUGCGCUGUUCAACAACAACAGUGCUUAUCAUGACAUUCACCAUCAGCUCUAUGGCAACAAGUACAACUUUUCACAACCCUUCUUUGUUAUGUGGGACAAGAUACUCGGAACUUACAUGCCCUACUCUAUCGAGCAAAGGAAGGGGGGAGGGAUCGAAUCACGGCCAGUUAAACUCGACUAAGCAGAGGAAGCCAAGACUGAUUGAUUUGUAGUACAUGCAUAGUUUCUGAUUCUUGUUUUGACUGGUCCAAUACUCAAGCCUUGUGGCACUGCUGACUACGCAAAUGAUGUACAACUCUCAUCCUGGUUCAUAACUUCAUACAGUGAGUUUUUUUUUUUUUUGGUUUACCUUCUUUUUUUGUUUUUGUGGAUUUCCAUCUUGUAACAAGCUAUAGUGAGUAAAGUAUUGUAAUGUAUCAAAGAAUACUCGGGAUCCACUUGGAUUUGUCCGGUGGAUCGAUCUGUACUUCCCUCCAUCCACCUGUUGUUGACAAAGAAAGUUGAUAUUUGCACUUUGUACAGCUUUUGCUCA